AUGAAUCCAUCGCCACCACCAUCAUCUUUGACAGCGCCGCUGCCCGCACACCACCGCCAGCCCAAGCGCCGAAGGACCACAGGUUCUCUGUCUGCCGAGGUGUCGACAACAAGUGAUCAUCUUCUCCUUCCGAGACACUCUUUGUCUUCUUCUUCGCCGGCAGCGGCGGCAUCGUCAACUUCAUCAUCGGCGCCUCUACUUCUGCGUCAGCUGCAUCCAAGUCAUCAUCAACAUCAACAGGCCCAUGGCCUAGAAAGGCAGCCUCCUCUUCAAGGUCGAAUCCUUCUGCCGCCCCCUUCAUCUUCCUCCUCCGCUCCGUCUUCUCAACAGCCGCACAGCAUUACCACACUUCCACCUUCCUUCUUCCAUCUUUCGUCGCUCAAUCAAUCCUUUCCUGCGUCAUCAUCUUCAACAUCGUCCUCCACUACUCGCCAACAGUCCUCUCAGCCCCCUCUCCUGCCGCCCGCAUCGUCCAUGCUCGCCACCUCAUUGUCAUCGUCCUCCUCAUCAUCUGCCCGCCUGGCGCCGCUCGCCGUCGUCGGAGGCCCCACCGGCCCACACAGCCUCCGCCCCGUCGCCCAGUCGCGCCACCAAUCGGCCUUCAGCCCCGCCUCGUCGCACCACCAGGCCCAGGCCCACCAGCCUCAACAGGCCUUCGUGCCGAGCUCCCCCUACUACUCGUCGAUGUCGCUCGAGAACUCGUCGGCCUCGGCGGCCUGCGCGCUGUUGGUGCCUUUCCUGCAGGGUUCGGUCGGCCUGCCAUUCCCGGCCUUCGCCGCGGCCCCGCAAAUUUCAGGCCCGGGACUCGCGGCCCUGCCCUCUCCGCCGCAGAUCUCGCUGGUCGGGUCCUGGGUGACCGCCAACGCCGCCCCGGCGAACACCGCACAGAGGUCGUCGACGAGCAGCGCACCCAGCUCGCCACAGUCUUGCGCGCCGACCGGUGGAGUAGCUCCUGCCACGGAUGGCCUGACGCCGGCGUCGCUCAUGACAUCGGGGGCGCCCAUGUCGCAUCUCCUCUGGACCGUUGUCCAGUUGCUGGGUACCAAGAUCGCCGGCCUAGCGGAAAAGGCUCUCGGCGGGGAGCUGGCCGACGGUGACCGGGACCUGGCGUUGGCGCACAUCGCCGAGCUGGCCGCCUAUUCGCCCUAUCUCAAGCUGAUCAAGGACGAAGCCACCAGCGUCGGCACCACCACGACCGGCAACAAGCGCAAGGCCGCGGCCGAGCCGGAGCCCCACCCGUCCUCCUCGGCCACGUCAUCUGCUUCUUCGCCCUCGUCGCCUUCACCGACAGACCAGUCGCCGCAGGCGCCGCGAGGACCGACCAGUCUGCGACAGGUCAAGCCCGAGCGCCGCCCGCGAAGCGUCAGCACAGGCGAGACCGGGCCGAGGGCCGCCGCCGACAACUCACAGUCAGCCGCGGCAGUCGAGGACGAGGUGAUCACCGACGGCGUCGUGGGACUCCACCUCCUUCGCUCCGCCGGUUGCACUGCAGCCGCCAGUGCGUUGGCGUCGUCUUCCUCGUCCGCCUCGGCGCACAUGCUCUCGCAGCUCUGCUCGACCGCAGACACGACAUCGUCGUCUUCGUCGGCCGCCUCGCUGCUGUCGCUCUUCACCACGCCGUGGCCGUCGGCGGCGUCGUGCGGCUCAUCGACCCUCCACCAACCCAGCGCCAGUCUCAGCGACCGACGCGCGACGAACUCGUCGGCCGACCUGCUGGCCGCGAGCGCCUCCAUGGCGCUGACCAGCCUCGCCAGUUCGACGUCGUCGACGUCGGCUACGCGCACGUCCUCCUCGUCGUCAUCGUCGCCAGUGUCGUCGCCCAAAGCCAACUCGCACGGCAGUGCGUCGCCGCCUCAGCACGACCUGUCGACCACCUGCGGCCACUCACCAGCCGCCGGCCGCAAGACGUCAUCAUGUGGUGGAGGUGGUGCGCGCAAGAAGCGAUGCGCACACUGUGGCACGGGAAACUCGUCGGUGUGGCGCCGCGGCUACGACAACGUCAGGUUGUGCAACGCGUGUGGGCUGAGGUGGUCGCGCAACAAACGCAAGAGCGGGAUCGACGAUGAGAGGGCAGCGCGACGCACGCGCGGCGUACGCGUUCGCCGAAAGCCCGUCCAAACCAAGGAGGAGUUGAACGAAGACGAUGAGGAAGACGACGAUUCCGCGACGAUGUACGACGCGUCGGAGGAUGAAGAGAACGAGGAAUGGCUGAAGAAGGAGGACUCCCCCAACAACGAAGACAGUCGCGAAGACAUCGAUGAAGAACAACCGGUUGCGCUCGCGGCCAGUCCACUGUAA